UAGAGGCCGCGGUGGUAGGAUGUACCGGCUCCUGAGCAGAGCCUUUCUGCGGGCUGCGGUGCGUCGGGGCCGGUACUGCACGGUGCGCCCGUUGCAGGGGCCGACAGGAGGCUCGGGGCCCGAGGUGGACGUGGCCUCAUUCCGAGUCGUGCAGCACGGGCAGAGUCCGGGCCUGCUGCCGCUGGUGGCAGCGCUCGCCUGGUUCUCCAGGCCAGCUGCGGCAGAGAAGGAGGAGCAGCAGGGAGCGGGCGGGGCUUCUGCCGAGGACGCGGCCGAGGAGGCCGAAGCCGAGAUCAUCCAGCUGCUGAAGCGAGCCAGGUUGAGCAUCAUGAAAGAUAAGCCAGAAGAGGCUGAGCUAAUUUUGCAUGACACUCUUCGUCUUGCCUAUCAGAGCGGUAACAACAAGGCCAUCACCUACACUUACGAUUUGAUGGCCAACCUAGCAUUUAUACGUGGUCAGCUUGAAAAUGCAGAAAAACUUUUUAAAGCAACGAUGAGUUACCUGCUUGGAGGGGGCAUGAAGCAGGAAGACAAUGCAAUAAUUGAAAUCUCUUUAAAGCUGGCCAGUAUCUAUGCUGCUCAGAAUAGACAGGAAUUUGCUCUUGCUGGCUAUGAGUUCUGCAUUUCAACUCUAGAGGAAAAAAUGGAAAAAGAAAAGGAACUAGCAGAAGACAUUAUGUCAGUGGAAGAGAAAGCCAAUACCUACCUUCUCCUAGGCAUGUGCUUAGACUCCUAUGCUCGCUACCUUCUGUUCACCAAGCAGCCAUCACAGGCACAAAAGAUGUAUGAAAAAGCUUUGCAGAUUUCUGAAGAAAUACAAGGUGAAAGACACCCACAGACGAUUGUGCUGAUGAAUGACCUUGCUACCACUCUGGAUGCACAGGGCCACUUUGAUGAGGCCUUCGUUUAUGUGCAGAGGGCAUCAGAUCUGGCAAGAGAGAUAAAACACCCUGAGCUACACAUUGUGCUCAGUAAUCUAGCUGCAAUUCUGAUGCACAAAGAACAAUUUUCGCAAGCCAAAGAGAUCUACCAGGAAGCACUGAAGCAAGCAGAGCUGAAAAGAGAUGAGGUUUCCAUACAACACAUCAGGGAAGAGUUGGCUGAGCUGUCAAGAAAAAGUAGACCUUUGAUUUAA